AUGGCUUCCCUAAGGUUGGAGUCAUCCACCUCCUCGAUUGCAGCUGAACAGGCCCCAUUUGAGGUGCCCAUCAUAGACGACAAUGACCCCCUGGUGGACGUGGUUCGAAAGCUGCAUAAUUACAUGGUCCUCGCCAUCAAUGAUGUCGCAUGCACCUUUGAAGAACUGAGGUUUUCCCCUCAAGGCCAAACUCUACGACAGCUCCUGUUCUCCUUGGCUGAGAAUUCGCACAAUCCAUAUGUCAUUGUUGCUUUGAUGAUCUUAAAGUGGCAAUUCAACAAUGCCGCAGAGAACGACUGGGGCCUGAACGAGAGCCGAGGAUAUGCGUGUGAGUACGUUGCCUGGCAGUUUCUCUGCCAUAUUGAUCAACGGGAGACUAUCGAAUUCCUCCUCGGGGAGCUCAAAGUUCCCGUACAGGGUGGUAUUAGUAUUGCCCAAGCGGAAAGAGGCACCUCUGGGUUUGGGGUCUCAACCGGCGAUGCCUACCAAGAGGAAGGAGAGAGAACCCCUUUAUUGGUGAGUUCGUCGUCCUCCUUGUAUCGUUUCUUCGGUGGCAAGAGGCGCGCCGGAAGUUCCGUCGAUAUCAAUGAUCCGGGAUCAAACGCUUCUGCAAGUGAUGCAUACGAGCUGGAGAGACUCUCGAUGUUCUUUGGAUUGAAUGCUCUGGAAAUUGCAGCUAUUGCUCAUGCGAAGAGAUUCCUCAGCCAGAAGGUGGUUCAGAAGGUGAUUGACAACAUUUGGAAGGGGGAAAUCGUGUUCUGGGACUCUCUUAGCGUGAAAUCAAAAAAGAGGCCCCAAUUCUUCAACAAGAGAACGGCAGAUCCUUAUUCCCGGUUGAGAGUACCGGUGUAUCGGAAGGCCUUUGAAGCCGCUUUCUUUGGCUCCUUUUUAUUUCUCUAUUACGCAGUCUUGGUCGAGAGAAAACCCACUGGGAUCGGGAUAUUUGAGACCCUGAUGUACAUCUGGAUUGCGGCCUUUGCCUAUGACGAAGUUAGUGGAAUGGCUGAUGCCGGGAUGCUCUUUUACCAGAUGGACUUCUGGAGUGCUUGGAAUAUGGGCAUUAUUGGCACGGGACUUGCCUUUGUUAUCGUCCGGAUCAUCGGUCUGGCGAGGCACAGUGAUGUAAUAACAGACUUGUCUUUCGAUAUACUAUCGCUUGAGGCGCUGUUUCUGGUUCCAAGGAUCUUCUCCCUUGUCAGCUUGAACUCUUAUUUCGGAAGUCUGAUCCCUGUCCUCAAGGAAAUGACAAAGGCGUUUUUCCGGUUCAUGCCCGUGGUGGUAGUGCUGUAUCUUGGGUUCCUGACCACAUUCACCAUGCUCGCUCGUGACCGCCUCUCUCUCCGGCAAAUGUCGUGGCUUUUGGUGAAGGUGUUCUUCGGAUCGAACGUGCUGGGCUUCGACAUCGCUCAGGAAAUUUCCCCGAUCUUCGGCUACGGUUUGAUCUUCGAUCACGUUGGCAGCCCCAGCUGCCCUAUCCCAUCCAUGUUGAGCCAUCCCCUCAUCGCUUCAUUCCCUGAUUCGGGGGAUGGAAAGGAGGGGCAAUGCGUCGGAGCUACGACGGUGCUGCUGAAAGCCCGUUUUGACGCCGGCGACUCGUGGCGCCAAUCGGACGCGGCGUUGAUUUUCGUGUCCAUGACCAACCUUCUGUUGAUCUCAUCGUUGGUCAGUCUCAUGAGCAUGAGUCUGGAAGGGGUUAUGGCCCAUGCCCGCGAAGAAUAUCUUUUCCAGCUGUCCAUCUACGUCCUGGAGAGUAGUAAUUCCAGACGACUAACGUACUUCAUGCCCCCCCUGAAUCUCAUCCCCCUCCUUUGUAUCCGCCCCAUGAGGCUCUUCCUCCCUGCAGAGCACAUCCGCCGGGUGCGCAUCAUUCUGCUCCGGGCAACACACCUCCCAUUUGUUGCACUGAUCUGGGCCUACGAGUCUAGCCGCCGCUAUGUAUCCCGGCACAAUAGCCAAUUUCCCCCCACGGCCACCACCGGAGGGAGCAGUCGUCCGACGUCCUCGAUCCCGACGGGGUUUCCUUUCUCCACGCACCAUGCCCCGCUCCAUGCCUCCGCAUUUGAUGGGCGCGCCGUGGGAAUGGGAUCUGGUAGGCUCAAGGAACGGUCUAACCCGGCACAGCAAUCCGAAGCGCGCGGACCAAGCUCGGGGCAGGCCGGGCGCGCUGACAUCGCGGAUGUGAUCGACGAAGUGGAACGGCUGCGCACCCAAGUGGAGCGAGUGGCUUCUACGAUGGCCGUUCACCGUCGAAACCAAUAA